AUGAGAACAAACUAUUAAGCAGGCGGCGGUCAGGAAGUUAGGCAACACGCGCCCGAACCCCGCACACCGUUAGCUGUAGCGGUAGUCUAAUGUGAAAGUGAUUCGAAGCGUUUGCGUAGGCUCCUCAAAAGUUCAAGACUCAUCAACAACCUACUAGAAAGUUUUCGGAUCAAAAUCAAAUAGGUUGCAGUCUUGCAGAGAUAUCAAGAGGCAGACAGAGACAGACAGAAACUGUGUGGAAGAAGAAGAAGAAGAAGAAGAAGAAGAAGCGGAAGAAAAUGGCGUACGUCGACCACGCUUUCUCGAUAACGGACGAGGACAUAAUGAUGGAGACCUCUUACACGGUGAACAACCGGCCUCCCAUCAAGGAGAUCGCUCUCGCCAUCUCCCUUCUCGUCUUCGGUACCCUCGGCAUCAUCGUCGGUUUCCUCAUGGCCUUCAACCACGUCGGCGGCGACCGUGCUCACGGGCUCUUCUUUGCAAUACUGGGUUCGAUCUUGUUCCUUCCGGGGUUUUACUAUACAAGAAUUGCGUACUAUGCAUAUAAGGGAUAUAAGGGCUUCUCUUUCUCCAACAUACCUGCUGUAUAAUGCACGAUUGGCUGGAAGUUCAUGCUCGCCUUCUACUCCUGUACAGAUCUUUCCUCGAGAUGUAAUUUUUAAUGAAUUCUGUGUAUUAGCUGAAAAUAGUUCUGAACAAGGUAAUAUUUUUGGAGUUUCUUGUUGCAAUAUAGUUUAUUUGCAUUUUGCAAUCCUUGUGACGGUCUUGUGACCUGUGAAUUUCAUGAUUCUGUCCUCUUUUGUAUUUGUAUCUGCUGUUGUCUUUUUUAUAUAGUGGCAUAAGCACAUUUCUCUGGUUGCUUGCAA